CACUUCCGGCUGGUAAGGGAACGUGUCCCUGGGCUCUCUUGCGGGGCCGCCUCUGCCGGGUCGGAAGUUGCGGGGUUGUGUGGCGGCGGCGGCGACAUGGAGCAGGCCGAAGCGCACAACGGCAGCGGGGCGGUCGAAGCCCCCGCGGCCGGCACGAGACCCCCGGCUACCCCCGAAGGCAUGGCCUUGGCCUACGGCAGCCUGGUGGUCAUGGCUCUGCUGCCCAUCUUCUUCGGGGCGCUGCGCUCCGUCACCUGCGCCAAAGGGAAGAAUGCUUCGGAUAUGCCGGAGACCAUCACAAGCCGAGAUGCGGCCCGUUUUCCUAUCGUUGCCAGCUGUACCCUCCUAGGCCUCUAUCUCUUCUUCAAAAUCUUCUCCCAAGAAUAUAUCAACCUGCUGCUCUCCAUGUAUUUCUUCGUCCUUGGGAUCCUCGCCCUGUCCCACACCAUCAGCCCCGUGAUGAAUAAAUUCUUCCCAACCAACUUUCCCAACAAGCAGUAUCAACUCCUUUUUACUCAAGGCUCAGGAGAAGCAAAAGAAGAGAUUGUGAACUACGAGUUUGACACCAAGGAUCUCGUCUGCCUGGUCAUGAGCAGCGUUGUGGGCGUCUGGUACCUGCUGAGGAAGCACUGGAUUGCCAACAACCUCUUCGGCCUGGCCUUCUCUCUCAACGGGGUGGAGCUGUUACACCUGAACAACGUCAGCACGGGCUGCAUCCUCCUUGGAGGCCUCUUCAUCUACGACGUCUUUUGGGUCUUUGGCACCAACGUGAUGGUGACCGUGGCCAAGUCAUUCGAAGCCCCCAUCAAAUUGGUCUUCCCCCAGGAUCUGCUGGAGAAGGGCCUGGAAGCCGACAAUUUUGCCAUGCUGGGCUUAGGGGACAUUGUGAUUCCAGGUAUCUUCAUCGCUCUUCUCUUACGCUUCGAUAUCAGCCUAAAGAAGAACACUCACACGUACUUCUACACCAGUUUCAUGGCCUACAUUUUUGGACUCAGCGUGACUAUCUUCAUCAUGCACGUCUUCAAACAUGCUCAGCCUGCUCUGUUGUACCUGGUUCCGGCGUGCAUCGGCUUCCCUCUUCUGGUGGCCUUGGCCAAAGGAGAAGUGACCGACCUGUUCAGCUAUGAGUCUUCUGCCGAAAUCUUGCCCCACACCCCACGGCUGACCCAUUUCCCUAACGUCUCCGGGUCUCCGUCCAGCUUGGCCGAUUCCAUGCAGCAGAGCCCGACUUGUUCCCACAGACGCCGCCAGCAGAGUCCCAGCGUCAUGUAGCCCCCCCCUCCCCUCCCCCCCAAAGGCAAGGCCCUGUCCACCCUGUCCACACUCUGGCCAGCUACGAGGAGAACACCGCCCCGAAGGAAGCAAAGGAAGAGCCUAAAGAAGAGACGACAGAGACAGACCCCGAGAAGAAAGAGAAAUAACGGCGAGCGACUGGCCAGGCUGGGCUUUUCUCCCCCAUCCCCUCCCCUCCCUCCGACCCCUUUCCCCAUCGCAAAUGGUUUUCAUUUUUGUUUUCCAAGCCAACUGGAUGGCGCCACGGCCGUAUGUGCAGUGCGCUUGUGUCUCUGUGCGUCUGUCUGUCUGUCGGACUUGGGGCAGCCCCGGAGGCCGAUCCGUGGUUUGGAUCUCAGAUCUGCCUUCCUGGACUUAGAAUCCCCUCCCUGGGGGAGGAAACAGGCAGGUGGGGGGGUGUAUGUGGAGUUAACAGUUCUCCCCCACCCACCUCCCUCCCCACUUUCCCCCCCACCAAAAAAAGAAGCUUUUGACACCAGUCCCCCUUCCCGUCUUCGUUGCCUGGGGGGUGGGGGUGGAGGUAGAUGGAGGGGUCCUGGGUGCUGAUUUUUAAAUUUUGUAUUGUGGAUUUGCUUCUUCUCAUAUUAAAAGGGAAAAAAAGAUGAAAGCCAAAAGCAGACCGGACCGGAUAA